CGGGCGGUGCCGCAGAGCGCGCGCUCCCGUGCGCGGCCAUGGGCGCUGCGGCCGAGCUGGACCGGACGCUGUUCGUGGGGAACCUGGACCCGCGCGUCACCGAGGAGCUCAUCUUCGAGCUGUUCCACCAGGCGGGCCCCGUGAUUAAGGUGAAGAUCCCCAAGGACCGGGAUGGGCGGCCCAAGCAGUUCGCGUUCGUGAACUUCAAGCACGAGGAAUCAGUCCCGUACGGGCUCAACUUGUUAAACGGGAUCAAGUUGUACGGGCGGCCCAUCAAGAUCCAGUUCCGAGCAGGGAGCAGCCACGCAGCUCAGGAGUCUUGUUCCCCACACGGCACCACUGGCCCCAGCCCCUCGGGUGUGCCGCACUCAGUAUCCGCCGGCACCAGAUAUGACAGGAGUCCUGAUGGCAUGGUACCAGCGGGGUUACCAUCAACGCAGCGGUCUCUGCCGCCGGCUGACAACCUCCAGAGGAAGGCGAUGCUGAACAGUGCCCUGUGGCAGCAGCCUCACUUCGGGGGCAAGUACGAGCAGCCCGGCUUCAGCCCUCCCGGCUACCAGCCCCCUGCGCACAGCUACCACCCCACACUGGGCUGCCCGCUGCCACGGCACCCAGAGCUGCUGCGCAAGGGCCGGCUGGGCACCCACCCCUACCACCCCGACGGGCGGCACAGCAGCCGCGAACAGCCCCGCUUCAGGGAGCGUGACCACGAGCACGAGCACCGCUACCGCACCGGCAGAGAGGAGCCUGCCUACGACAACCGGCACCGGGAUAGCUGGAGCCACGACUACCGGAGAGAGCCCAGGUGGCACCCGGCGCGGCAUUAGCCCCUCGGAGGGGGCUCUCAUGGACUCCAUGGCACAGAAAGUGCAACCCCUUUUGUAGCAAGUGUAUGUGUGGAACCCCCCCCACACAACCCGACAGUGUUACCUUUUACUGUUUGUACAAGUCCCGAAACCGGCACCUCCACUUUGAACGUAUUAAUUGUACCUCAGGGUUUUUUAUGGGGGAACCAGUGGUCUGGAGCAGGCACAGCCGUUUGCGGGUGUGAUGGAGAAGCUGCCAAUGCCAUUUGUGUUCCAUGGGAAGGCGCCACGUCUGUUUCCUGGUGUCUUUAAUAUCUCUGAUGGUGUCACCGGUGCAGAACCCUCGAGUGUCUCAGAGAAAAGCAUUAAAUUCUCCCUGGAAACCC